UGUCGGCGAGGGGCGGGCAUGGAAGACUGGGACGAUCUCGACGUCAGAUCGAAGCAGUUGAUCCCGAAAUUGGGAAGACGGGCUGGUCACGGAAACGUCACGCACGUGGAAAAAUCGGAGGACGAGGCCCUCGACGGCCCGGAAACGGCGACCUCGAGGAGGCAGUCGAUCAAGGCACCCGCGCCACCUGUGCCACCGCGGAGCCGCAAGACCGGCUGGGGCGACGAUCUCAAAAGCGCCAAGCACCGAAGUAUUUCCACCAUAGAACAAGAGAGGUUGCUGAAUAACAAAAAAAACUCCAAAGAAGAUGAUAUUCCGAUAAUACCAGAUCUGGAUGAAAUCAUUGACGAUACCAACGCACUAGAAAUUUCCAAAGUUCCUUCGGUCGGAGUAAACAGAGCAGCAGCGGCAUACGAAGAAUUAGACACCGAUCUCGUGAGGAACAAAAAAUUUUCAACCUUCGAGGGUGUGAAUUUGAGCCCUCUUCUGGACAACUUGUACUCGGAGCAUCUGGUGCGAGAGACGGACGAAGUUUGGAGCUGGGAAUCAUUGUUCAAUCAAGUGGUUUCGGAAAUAAACACCGAAUGCGGGGUGAAGGACGACGAGAGCCAUUGA